AUGGAUGGCGAAUCGUAUUGGAUGAAUAUGAUCCGAAUCUCAAGCAUCGGUGGUUCAGUGGUAGAAUGCUCGCCUGCCACGCGGGCGGCCCGGGUUCGAUUCCCGGCCGAUGCAACGUUUUCCUCUCCCAUAGUUCCAGCAUUUUCAGUUUUCUACGUUGAACGCAUGGAUGGCGAUCCGAAUCGGAUGAAUAUGAUCUGUUCGCAAGCAUCGGUGUUUCAGUGGUGCAAUGCUCGUCUGCCACGCGGGCGGCCCGGGUUCGAUUCCCGGCCGAUGCAAUAUUUUCUACUUGUUUGCCAUGACACGUUGGGGUUUCUCCUUUUUAAACAAGCAGUGUCAAUCGUACCAUGGGCCUUCGGAGUCAAUUGCAGCACUUCUAAAGAGCUUCUGGCUAAAGAGCUUUCAGCUACACAAAGCCCUCAUACUAAUCCUCUCAAUCCACUAAAGGCAUCUCAUAUCGGCAUUAAUCUGUUCAUCUAG